GACUCAUCUGGCCUUGACUCUCUCCGCCACCUCCUCCCUCCCAUCACCUCCUCCCGCUCCUGCACUUCGUCCUCCUCACUCCUCAGUCGCCCUUCAUCACUCGUGGAGAUACUGAGGCGUGAUGGCGGGGAGAGCAGAGACACGCGCCCUGAUGUUGUUACUCCUUCACCUGAUGCUUACCCACGCCCACACGGCCACAACAGCUGUCAGUAUAAAUGAUCACACUCGGAUUAGCAUUGGGUCAGGAGAGGUCAGUCCCAUCGUCCUGUUAAUUACCCCUGGCACUCCUGCUGUUAGUGUGAGUGUGGAUGGUAGCUCCUUGGGUCAACAACAGUGCGGUGUGAGAGCCAGGAACUGCCUGGAGGUACAGGAACUGCAGGGACACAGGGUGAGCGGUGUGUACAGCAUCUGGCCCUAUGAGUGCUGCCGUGACCGGGUCGUCCAAGUGUACUGUGACAUGGAGACGGUAGGUGGCGGGUGGACAGUGGUGCAGCGGAGGGACAAAUACGAGACCCAGGAGGACUUCUACCAGCCCUGGACACGGUACGUCGAGGGUUUUGGUAACCUGACCCAAGAGUUCUGGCUCGGCCUUGACAACCUCCACGCCCUUACCAGCCAAUCCAACAUCACCUACGAGGCCAGGAUCGAUCUAGGUGACUUCGAGGGCGGCAAAAGGUGGGCUCAGUACACCAGCAUCACGGUGGAAGAUGCUAACUCCUCCUACAAGUUGGUCCUCGGUGAGUAUUCGGGUGACGCAGGGAACUCCAUGGACCAUCACACCGGCAGGAAGUUCUCUACCUACGACAGGGACAGUGACGACCACGCCACCAACUGCGCCUCCACGUACAAGGGGGCGUGGUGGUACGGAGGGUGUCACAACUCCAACCUGAACGGGCAGUACAUGGAGGGAGCGACGGGUCAGGCAGCUCAGGGCAUCAUCUGGCAAGCUUGGCUAGGUGAUGGCUACUCCCUCAAGAAAACGGAAAUUAAAAUACGACCCGAUAAAUUACCUUCAUAUUGUAGGCAAUGAGUCUGACAGGUGAUGACAGGUAAUGUAAACAUGUAUAACUGUUUAUGCCUGUCACCUUUGUAGUCGUUGGUAAAGUUUGAGCGUCUACCUACGUCAGCUUCGUAAGAAAAACGUUUGUCGUAGUUAUACAGAGCAAAGUGAGGUGUGUCUCCUGUGAUCUGAUGAUAAGAACAAUUAAUGGAAUUGCAUCUGACAUACCAAUUUUCGUCCCCGUUCAUGUUAUUAAAAUCAGUGCAAGUACGAAUGUCAUUAAGGAUAUUCGUUAAUAAGUCUUUCAAUAAUCUCGUACAAAUGUCUUAACUUAGCUAGAAUUUUACUAUUAAAUUCACUUCCAUUGUCGGUGAAAAGAACUCUAGGGGCGUCAUUGCUCUUAAGGAGAUUCUUGCCACAGUUGACUAUGUUGACGUAUAAAUGAAUUGGUAAACUGUGUCACUGUGUUGAUAUAACGUCACUACGAUUAUAAGUUUGUAGUUUGUAAGAAUAAAUAAAGUUAAUAUGUU